AUGAAUUUCAUAAAACGUCCAUUUCAUCAUACGAAUCCAACUUCUUCUACGACGGUACCAACUAAUAUCCGAGAACCACUUACUUUAUCAACUUCAUCGUCAACUACAACGAAACCAGCUGCAUCAUUGACUGGUUCUGUUCGUUUUAAUGAUUUAAUCGCUGCUCAACCGAAAUUUAAUGAUCGCGAAAAAUAUCUUACGGCUAAAUAUCCUCAACAACAAAUGCAAUUGAUACGUAAACGAUUAAAAGUUGAAUUUUGGCUCGAUGAUCAAUUGCGAUUACUUUAUGACAUUAAAGAUGACAAUCCACAAGAAGAUCAUGAUCAUUGUCCAGGUGAUUUAAUUGAUUCUCUGUUAGAUAUUGAUAGUGAAUCACAACGACGUACGUUUCUUCUUGAAAAAUUACGAAAUGUCAAAAAGUCUCGAUCGAUAACAAUGGAAUUCGUCAAUGAAUUAUUGCAUCGUGUUAAAAUGUUGUAA